AUGGCCAAGACUGAGCUAACGUCACGAGCUGCCUUGUUUGUUAUCGUCUGGGCGUGUUUGGCAGUGCCAGGGGCACAAGCCGAGCUGUGCAGUGAGCUCAACUGUAUGCCACCCCAUUGCAGAUGUCCCAGCACCCAAGCGCCGUUCUCAUUGCCGCCUGGUGACAUUCCACAGCUAGUCGUGUUUUCGUUCGACGGCCCCGUGACGCCGAAAUACGCGGACUUUUAUCAACGCUUGUUUCCUGUGGGCCUGGUUAAUCCGAACAAAUGUUCCGCUGGGGUUACUCUUUUCGUUUCUAACGCUGGGGAGGAGGGUCGUAUUCGUACGGACUACGCCAGCGUCCAGAAGCUCUAUCGCCUUGGUUACGAAAUUGGCGUAAAUAGCAUGAGUAUGAAACGCCCAGAAAUGUUCUGGAAUGACGCUACGUAUGAGGAAUAUGUCACAGAAAUGGUUGGACAAAGAUAUCUAUUAAGUCUAAAAGCCAGGAUUCCGCCUAGUCAAAUUCGCGGUUUGCGAGUGCCGUAUCUUCAACCAGGCGGUAAUAAUCAGUUUCGCAUGAUGGCGGACAAAAAUUUCAUGUACGAUUCAUCCCUCGUGACGGGGCCAGUGAGUGAAGACGCUACGGAAAACCAACCCGCUGUGUUUCCCUACACUCUUGACGUACCACCGGAGAAAUACCUUUGCGAUAUUGCACCAGGAAAUUGCCCCACCGAUCCAUUUCCUGGAAUCUGGGAAUUCCCCCUGAACCGUUUGUUUUCAACGCAUGGGGCCCCGUGCGCUGUAGCAGACGACUGUCAGACUAACUCCGCAGACGACACUUUCAGGUACCUGAUGAAGAACUUUUUGAGGCAUUACAAGGGCCAGAGAGCGCCCUUGGGCCUUUUCAUUCGACCGACUUGGUUUGAGAAGAACAACUACACACUAGCUGGCGUUGACGCGUUCUUAAAAAACAUGACGGCUAGAAAGGAUGUCUGGGUAGUUACCAUGGCACAGGCCAUCGAAUGGAUGAAAGCGCCAAAGAGUAAUUCCCAACUUCUAAUGGCGUCAAAAGAUUGUAAUGUAAAUCCUCCACUUUUAGCAAAUAAUGCGACUUUAGAUAUCAUAGAUCUUUACGAUCCUGAGGUCACAUCAUCCACAUCAACCACGCCUGCCACGACUAAACAAGGAAAAACUACGGCGAGUUCUCCGGCACAUGGAGACCGACACAUUGACAGCAGAAACCGUGCAAAUUCAGAAAUGUUUUAUUUCAAGCUACUGGCUUUCAUCUGUAGUCUAUUAGUUUACCAUUUAAUCCUAUAA